AUGCACGUGGAUAGCCCGCGAUCCUUUGAUCAUCUUCGGACUGUUGAUGGUUAUAAGUGUGCCACUUUUCAGGAGACAGCUUUGCGAUUGAAAUUGCUAGAGGAAGACAACGCUGUCGACUUGUGCUUAGCUGAAGCGUAUUUUAGGCAUCAGAUUCCGAGUUCUGACAGCAAGUCAAGGGAGCUCAUUGUUAGAUCUGUUGAGCAAUCUCUCGAAGCAAUGGGGAAAUCAUUUAGAGACUUUGGUCUACAACAUUUAAAUGAUUUUCAAGAUGAAGAGUUCAGGCGAACAAAAGACAUUAUCGAUGCACUUGAUGCACCGAUACCUCAGGACUGUAUUGAUGCCCGUAACACAUUAAACCAAGCACAACAGGAUGCAUUUGACAGCAUUAUUGACCACGUUCUUAAGGGGAAACCUGGUGCAUUCUUCAUAGACGGGCCCGGAGGAACAGGUAAAACCUUCCAAUACAAUUCUCUUUAUGAAGAGGUUCGUUUGAUGAACAAGAUUGUCCUACCAACUGCCACAUCUGGAAUUGCAGCAUCAAAUAUACCUUCUGGGAGGACUGCUCAGUCUCGGUUUAAAAUACCGAUAGAUUCUGAUGCUUCCCUUGCUUGCGAUGUUCCUAAACAGGGCAGCCUUGCAUGUUUAAUAAAAGAAACAUCGUUGAUUAUUUGGGACGAAGCUUCAAUGGCAAGGAAAGAAAAUGUUGAGUCCCUAGACAUGCUUCUCCGAGACUUGUGUGAUGAGAAUGCCCUUUUUGGUGGCAAGCUUGUGGUUUUUGGUGGCGACUUCCGUUCAACCUCACUGAAAAUGUCCGGGCAAGAGAAGAUCCCUACUUUUCUGCGUUUUUUGCUUUCUCUUGGAAAUGGUGAGCUGCAAAUCGGCGAGAAUGACCUUGUGAAAUUGCCAAUGCAGAUAGUACACCCAUCUGAGGUCACUUCUGAUCCUAUUGCCGAACUUACUGCAAUUGCAUUCCCCGAGAUAGAUGUUCGCAGAUCCGCCCCAGGAAAUUUCACAACAACGGCUAUACUAACCCCCCUGAAUGAAGAUGUUGACGUUAUCAAUGCUACCCUGAUAGACAAAUUCCCUGGAGAAUCUGUUAUGUACAGGACUUUUGUUACAGUUCUCGAUGAUAAUAGUGCGAUCUAUCCUCCUAAAUUUAUACACACCCUCUACCAGGCGGAAUGA